CCCAGCCGUUACGACUCUCUGUGGUCGGUUCAUCAACAGGGAGCCACCGGGACCGCGCACUAAACGGACCAGUUACAGAAGGGGAAAUAAAGGAGAUAGUUUACCACAUCAGCAGAUAUAUCAGAUAUAGUUUACUGGUUACACAGUUUUUCUCUGUGGGAGACGAUGAAGAAAUUGUCUCAGGAAUAAACUGACUAUUUAGACUCCCGUCUGGUUUUGCAGACUCCUGUUUUUAGACGUUAAUCUUAAAUCAGUAUCUAUUUUACGUUUGUGUACUGAUUGACGUCAUGUCUAGAAUCCUGUUUCUGCUUGUGCUGUGGUACGGCGCUCUGACUUGUGCGCCGGUCGCUUCUAGUGCGGCCACGGAGAGCCCCGUGAACCAUACCCGAUCCAGUUUGACAACCACGGAGCAGACCGCUACAGUAACAGGGCAAACUACGGGGACUCUGGAAGACGAGAUGGAAAACCAGGAGAACAUAUUAACUCAGCUUCUCGGUGACUACGACAAGGUAAAGACGCUGUCCGAGGGCGCGGACUGCCGCUGCAAAUGCGUGGUCAGACCGCUCAGCCGGAGCGCCUGCCAGCGGAUAGAGGAGGGCAGUUCACGCGCCGACGACUUUUACACCGUGGAGACGGUUACGGUGGGACCCAACUGUAAAAAAUGCGCGUGCAUCGCCCCGCCGUCCGCUUUGAACCCGUGCGAGGGCGACUUCCGGUUCAAGAAACUACAGGAGGCGGGAAAAGAUGACAUUAAGCUGGCAGCCAUUAUGGAGCUGCUGGAGGGUUCCCUGUAUGGGCUGGACCUGGUGAAGCUGCAGUCUGUCACCACCAAGCUACUGAGCCGGGUCAGCCACAUAGAAAAGGUCUUUGCUCAGAACCGCACGGAGCGAGUGAGUGUGAAAGUUGGCUCGGGGGAAGAGAAGGAAAGGGAGAAGGAGAUGAAGGCCCAGCAGAGGCUGGAGAAGGAGAGGAGGGCCCAGCAGAGGCUGGAGAGGAGGAAGCGUUUGGAGGAUCUACAACAUUCUCUGAAGGACACUGCUGCAGCUUACCCCAUCUCUGAGAGGAAGUAUGAGGAACACGUUGUCGGGGGUCAGGGGUCAAACCGACCAGUGCUGAAGAUGAGCCUAUCGGAGACGAAGAACGGAUCAGAGCAGCCAAUGAAAUCUGAUGGGGCGGGGCCUAGCGGCUCAGUCAUAAGGGGCGUGACCUUCUACAAGGCGGAGCCUGAGAAAGGGAGAGGAGCAGGGGAGACAGGAGCAAACACAUUCAGUGACUCCAGGGACCUGCCAGAACCCACCAUGCCUAGGGCUGGGACUAAGACUGGGGCUGGGGCUGGGACUAAGACUGGGGCUGGGACUAAGACUGGGGCUGGGACAAAGACUGGGACUAAGACUGGGGCUGGGACUAAAACUGGGGCUAAGACUGGGGCUGGGACUAAGACUGGGGCUAAGACUGGGGCUGGGAAUAAGAUAACAGUAACUACAGAGACGCAGGCCGAACCAGAAACAUCUGUACCUUCCACCACCCCUCUGACCACAACCACCAAACCAAACACAACCACCAAACUUACCACAACCACCAAACUGACCACAACCACCAAACUGACCAAAACCACAAAACCAACCCCAACCACCAAACUGACCACAACCACCAAACUGACCACAACCACCAAACCGACCACAACCACCAAACCGACCACAACCACCAAACCAACCACAACCACCACCGCACCCCCAACCACGGCCAUGCCCAGCCUGGUGGAGCCAGACAGACCUGGUCUGACCCAGCCUCCCAGCCCAGGACCAGAUUCUCCCCGAAGCAGAACCCGUCUCAGCUGGACCGAGAGCCCUGCAGACGCCAGCGUCACCACGCCCAAGGACCCAGGUCUGUGUAAAGACACCCUGGCCAGCAUCUCAGAACCCAGCACAAUCAACACGUUCGGCCGCAGCCAGGGAGCCUGGAUGAAGGACUCCAAGGGCAACGGCCAGGUCAUCUACGUCACCAACUAUCACUACGGCAACAACCUGCUGGAGUUCCGAGAUCUGGCCACAUUCAAAUCAGGGCAGGCCAGUAACUCCUACAAGCUUCCGUACAGCUGGAUGGGAACUGGCCACGUGGUCCACCAGGGCUCCUUCUACUACAACCGCGCCUUCUCGCGUGACAUCAUCAGGUUCAGCCUACGUGGGCGCCACGUGGCGGCGUGGACCACCCUGCAGGACGCCGUGCUGCUGGAGGCGGAGCCAGGCGACGUCACCACCCCCUGGAGGGGGGAGGGCCAAUCGGAGAUGGAGCUGGCGGUGGACGAGGGAGGGGUGUGGCUUCUGUACCCUGCCAUCGACCUGGAGGGGUUCCACCAGGAAGUGAUCGUGCUGAGUCGCCUCAACGCCCGCGACCUCCGACCCGAAGCCUCCUUCCGCACGGGGCUUAGGAGGCGUUACUAUGGCAACACCUUCCUAAUCUGCGGGGUGCUGUAUGCCGUGGAUAGCUACGACCGCGCCCACGCCAACAUCUCGUACGCCUUCGACACGCACACGCACACUCAGAUGGUGCCCCGGCUGCCCCUGUCCUCCAGCUACAGCCUCACCACCCAGCUGGACUACAACCCUCUGGACAGGAAGUUAUACGCCUGGGACAACGGACAUCAGGUCAACUAUGACGUCAUCUUCGCCUACUAACUUCCUGUUGGUCGUGUGUGAAGGCAUCGCUACCGACAGGAAGGGAGGAAGGAGAGGGGUGUUCUGGGAAAAGUAGUUGUAAAUGAUGAGGUUUUUGUAACGUUUUUAAACUGACUACCCAGUGCGUUGCUUUGCAGUUCCUGUGUACGAGAGCAUUUGACUCAAUUCUCGAAAUGUCCGCGAGCUAAUUUAACCCUCCCGAAAUAGAGACUCAAAAGUUGAGAAAGGCUCGACAUUUGAGUGCAUGUGGAUGCGUACGACCAAUCAGAGCACAGAGAUUUCACAACUCCUGAUCAGUAGCCUAUCCGUACGCGGCCCAGAGGCGAUGAGCCCGCCCCCUGUAAGGACAGAACAGACAUACUGCAGGUCUGUCGUUCUCUGGAGCUGGAGCCAGGACAGAACCAGAACCCAGAACCUAGAACCCAGAGCCUAGAACCCAAAAAUCAGAAUCAGAAUGGAAGAACUAGAAUGUAAAAAGAUGAACUGAUAAAAAUGUUGAUUUAUGUCUGAGAUGAGCAGAGCUCCUCAUGUUACUGUGUUAGGGUUCGCUAACAGCCUUCACUGUAUGUUAUAGUACUGUGCUGUACUGUACUAUAGUGUACUGUACUAUAGUGUACUGUACUAUAUUGUGUGGUUCUGUACUAUAGUGUACUGUACUAUAUUGUGUGGUACUGUACUAUAUUGUACUGUACUAUAUUGUGCUGUACUGUACUAUAGUGUACUGUACUAUAUUGUGUGGUACUGUACUAAUGAACUGUUCUGUGUGGAACUGGUAUUAUAGCACUGUGCUGUACUACAUUGUACUGUACUAGACUGUGCUAUAACGUACUCUCCUGGACUAUAUUGUAGUGUUCUGUACUAUAUUGAGCUAUAUUAUACUGUACUAUAUUGCAGUGUGCUAUGUUGAUUUGUACAAUAUUGUACAGUACUAUACUGUAGCAUGUUGUAUUGUACAGUCCUAUACUGUAGCAUGUUGUAUUGUACAAUAGCUUGUUUCUUUAGUAUGUGUACCGCUAAGCUGGUCUUUGUUGCUAAGCUGGUCUUCUCUGUUGCUAAGCAUUCAUCCUGUAAGGCUUGACAAGGUUGUUCAGACUGCUUCUACCACCCAGUUGUAUAUACUGUAAUUUAUAA